AACGGCACAAUUUGUUGUCCAUUUCCCGAGUAUAGUUAAAUCUUACAUGAGACUUAAGUUCCUCUAUCUCAAGCCUUUACUCACUGUCCCAAAAAAACAAAAAAAAAACAAUCAGUGCCAACGAAGCUUUUAUUUUGUACUACUUUGGUAACAGUUUUCUCUCUUUAUAUCACCACCUUCUCUCUGUGCAAAGCUACCUAUAGAUUCUCUAAGAACCACAUAUUCUUGGUUUCAUUAUCCAAAAGAUGAAAAGAAUGGAUAUCUUCUGUGCUUCACAAGCAUCAACAGCAAUAUGUCUUAGCAUGGAACAAGCUUCUUGUUCCUCUUCCAAUGCCAUUCAACUAGGAGGAAGAGUCAUUGAUCGCCAUAAUCCUCUUAUCAAUGAUUCAAGAAGAAGCACUUCCAAAAAUAUCACUGCUCCAUGUUCUUCUUCUCAGCCACCCAUUGACCCUAAGAAGAAAAGUUCUUUUACUUCCUCAAAGUCAAAUGGAACUAGAGUUUAUGAGCAGAAGAAGAAAAAAAGUACAGAAGAUAAUGUAGUCGCUGAACAUGUCAACAAAAGUUCUAAGCCGGUUGAUUCCAUUCUGAAAAAGAGAUUGGUUAAGUUACCUGCUGAUUCAAAUUCAAUCACUCCACACGGUUCAACUAGAUCUUUGCUCAGUGAUAGAGCUAAUCUAGAUGGUUCUUCAGAUUAUGGUCAUGCUUUGGCAUUGAGUAAGGUUGUUGAUAAAAACGAUAAAGAUGAGCCCAAUCCUGCAUCUAAACCUGACCAGGUUGUAGUACUAAGGGUUUCUUUACAUUGCAAAGGGUGUGAAGGGAAGCUGAGAAAACACAUCUCUAAAAUGCAAGGAGUUAGUUCUUUUAACAUAGAUUUUGCUGCAAAGAAGGUGACAGUAGUUGGGAAUGUGACUCCAUUGAGUGUGUUGGAAAGCAUAUCAAAGGUGAAGAAUGCACAAUUUUGGCCAGCAAUUGGAUCUGAAAUCAACGAAGCAAAAUACAUGUAUUAAUGAGAGGAAAGUAUAAUAUUUAUUCGCAUUGAUGUAGUAUGCUUUAAUGCUUAAUUUAAUCAAUGUAAAAUUUGAAUGCAA